UCUGCAAAGGUGAGUGUCGGUCUUGAGUUUGGCGGACCCACCCACAAUGACGACGAGGGCGAGAUCGAAGCCGCCACGAAAGGUCCCGUAUUCACCAAUAAUGCGCCUACUAGGGACGUUGGCUUCAGCUCAUUCGGUGUACCAUUUCAAAGUUUCUUACCCACUCCUCCCUCAACCGAGCAGCUGGUACACACCUUCCUCCGCCCUCCACCGCACGCCUUCCCCCAUUGCGUGCUUUCGAUCCAAUGGGUCAUAGAUGCGCUUGGUCAAAGUCACUUUCGCUUCCGGUGGAUCGAUGAACGGUACGCCCUUACGAUUGACUCCAGUGUUCGCAUCGGAGGGGUGCGCUUAGGCCUUCCGCCGAUUUACAUGGAGUGGUUAUGCGGGGAUGAAGAGGAGUCGAGUCCGACGGAGCAGAGUAUGCUGUUGAUAAGGAUAUUUUUCGAAGAGGUAAGGAAGGAGAAGGAGGGUAGCGAAAGUGGAUAG